AUGUAUAACCAAGGGCAUCAGCAGGGCCAUGCUUCCCGAAUCAAUGGCAACCCUGCCGGCCGUGGCAUGCCCAUGCUGUACAGCUUUCAGCAACCUACUGCGCACCAGCACCAGGCCCUUCCGCAGCAUCACCAGGUCCUACAGGCUUCUGACCAGGGCAGUCAUACCACCAACACGCAGAGCCUGGCACAUCACUCUGCCUAUUCAAGUGGUGUGAUUCCUGCUUCCAGCCCCUUUUCAAACGGCCUUCAAAACGGGCAUGGUGUGACCAUCCGCGCCACCCAACAGCCACCUGUAACUGAGCAUUGGGCGGAGCAGCUACGCCAGCACAAGGAAGCCGAAGCUGCCAAUAUUGCCAUGGUUGAGCAAAAUCAGGCCAAUUACUAUGCUCGACUAAAGGCGAGUGAGAAUAAGGGCAUUGGCGGCCCGUCGCCCGUUUUGAACAACUCUACACUGGCCGACGGCGACUCGGAGGAUAUUCGGAGGCCGUGGUCUGUCGACAAGCCGAAUCGCCAGCAAGAUUGGCACAACUUGGACCUCAGCGGUCAAGGGCUGCGUGCUUUAUCCCCUCAAUUGUUCUGUUACGAAUUCCUCCAGGAGCUGUACAUCAGCUCAAACAAAUUAACUGUUCUCCCAUCUUCUAUCGGCAACCUACGCCAGCUGAGGAUCUUGGAGGCAUCGCACAAUCAAAUGUCCGACCUACCCCGAGAACUUGGGAUGUGCACGUUCCUUAAACAACUUUUGUUGUUUAACAACAAUAUCCGCACUCUUCCCUUUGAGAUUGGCUCGUUACACAUGCUUGAGACGCUUGGUAUCGAAGGCAACCCGCUCGAUCCAGAGCUGAAGAAGGAAAUCAUGGAGAAAGGCACCAGAUCUUUAAUUUCGUAUCUACGAGAACAGGCCCCCAUUUUUUCUUGGAACAUUCUUGGAGAACGAUAUGCCACAUCGCAGCUGUACGGAUACACGCCAUCAGGUGCGCUUGCCUGGGACUAUCGCAAAGAAAAAAUUCUCGAGGAAAUUCGUCAUCGCGAUGCAGAUUUUCUUAGUCUCCAAGAGAUCACAACGGACGCUCUUCGUGACACUUUUGGCCCUGAACUUGCCCGUGACGACUAUAGGGCAAUUCAUUACCCUAGAUCAAAAGCGCGGACGAUGUCUGAGAAGGACGCAGCGUCCGUCGAUGGCUGCGCCAUAUUCUACAAAAGCAGCAAAUUUGUCCUCCUCGACAAACAACUGAUCGAUUUCCAGGCGCUCGCCAUCAACCGGCCGGACAUGAAAAGCCAGCAUGAUAUCUUCAACCGAGUCAUGCCUAAAGACAACAUCGCUAUUGUCGGUUUUUUCGAGAGCCGCAGAACUGGUGCACGCCUUAUUGUGGUAAACGCCCAUCUUGCCUGGGAAGGCACGCUCGCCGAUGUCAAGAUUGUGCAGACCGCAUUAAUUAUGGAUUUUGUCACCAAGCAGGCCGAGAAAUACGCUCGGUGGCCCGGUCUCAAGGACAAAAAAAUGAUUGAAAUACCAGGUGUCGAGAAGGAUCCCAAUCCCCCCGAAUGUGCCCCUUCUCAAGAAUAUCGCAGCAACACGGACAUUCCACUCUUUGUAUGUGGUGAUUACAACUCGACCUCAGAAAGCGGUGUCACAGAGCUCCUCCGCUUGGGUCGACUUGCUCCAGACCAUCCUGAGAUCGCAAAGUUUCAAUAUGGAAAUUUCACACGUGACGGAAUCGAGCACCCUUUCAGCCUCAAAUCCUCCUACCAACACCUCAGCGGAACCCCGGAUGAGCUUCCUUUCACAAACUACACGCCUGGCUUUGCCAAUGUCAUCGACUAUAUUUGGUAUUCAACCAAUUCCCUCGAAGUCGUGGACAUUCUCGGUCCGCCAGAUGCAGAGUAUCUCAAGCGUGUACCUGGUUUUCCCAGCUACCACUUCCCCGCCGACCACCUUCAAAUCAUGGCUAGCUUUGUCAUCAAGCCCCGCAAGGACAAGAAAAGCAGUUCAUCGGCGAAUUGA